AUGAGGCUCUGUGAGGCAAGGCGAGUCAGAUGGUUGAAUGCACGGGAUGAGCAGAGAGCACAGGAAUGGGAAACACACUUGACAACAGGGACAGAACAGGGGCGACAUGGACGGAUCAAUGAUGCAAGUGUCUCUCAGGUGAGGGAGACAACUGGAUGA